CACGUCCUUGGCGGUUUGGAAUUUGUAUCCAUCAUGCCAGCGCUCGAGCUGUUUGGGCGCCGCAGCCGCGUCGGCAGCGACGACUUCUUCUGUCCGGCUCUGCUCCAGUUCAUGUUCCAGAUUCCGUUCGUCCUCGUGUGUGUGCUGUAUGUGUCCACGUACCGCACUUGCUCGACGAUGCAGAUCCACAACCUGUCGGGGCUUGGGUUCUGGUACAUGUUGCUCUCGAUCCCCGUGCUGGCGUUCGUGAUGAUCAUGAACGUGUUGGAGCUGCACGUGUCGUCGCAAGGCACGAUCAUCACCCACGAGAGUCGCAUCCUCAUGAAACCACUGGUCGUGGUGCAUUUCGCGUGGGCGGUUGGCAUGUUUGGCGGCGGCACCGCCGGCGUCGUCCUCUAUGCUAUGGACCAGCUGUGCUUCCCCGACGCAAACUUUGUGCUGGUGGUGGCCGUGGGGUACCUCGCCAACGUCCUCGGCAUGGUGCUGUUUGCGUGCCUGGUCAUCGGCGGCACUCCCGUCCAUCAGCGCCGCCACUCGUGCGAUGCGCACAUGGACGUCGUCGAUCCUGAGAACCACACGCUUCUCUACGGCAACUCUGACCCCGCACUUCCCAACAGCGACCUGUACAUCCCGCACCAAGAACGCUGGGAGCGCCAAUGCCAUCGCUGCUGCGCCUGCGUCCGAUGCUUCACAUGCAGCCUCUUUGGCGGCAGCGGCACCCAGACGGACGCCAUGUCGGUGGUCGCGUCCGUCUUUGCCCGAUUCUUCUACGGGUCGCCAGACUUGGUCUUUUCAGACAUCAUCGCAGGGUUCGUCCUCCUCGGUGCGGUACAAUACCACGAGAAGAACGCGGCCGCGGCAUCCCCCGACGUCCUCCGGGAAGUCGGCGUCGUUCCGACCUUUCCGGCGCCUCUGGACGACCCCAAGGACGUGGCGCUGGUCGCGGCGGUGGCGGACUUGGCGCACUUUUCGAAGUACGCUAUCGGCAUCUACGGCUGGAUGCUGUAUGUAUGGUCCCAUCCGUGGACAUCUGGUCCCCGCCUCGUGCUCCGAAGUCUGACCACCCGCGGCCAGCCAUAUAUCCACGGCGACAACUGCGUGCAUUGGCACCAAGUGGCGCUGCAGCUGGAAACCGGUGUCGCAGAUGCGGACAUUGUCUACGCUAGCUUUGGCAACGCCGUGUGCAAGCCAGCGUUCUGUGUAACCCUGGACCAUCAUAAGAAGCAAGUGGUGAUUGCAAUUCGGGGCACGUUGUCGCUGGAAGACUGUCUCACCGACGCCAUUGCGUACGGUGUAUCGUUGGACGAGAUGGCGGCGACAUAUCAAUGCGAUGGCAAGGGGGCGUUUGCCCAUCAGGGAAUGUUACAGUGUGCGCUGUGGCUUAUGCAAGAGAUUUCGGCCCUCGGCAUGCUGCCAAUGUUAUUUGAUCCCACUGCGGUUCCUUCAACCCCUCCGUCCCCCAUCGUGAACGGAUGCCUCCCGGGUACGUAUGCCGACUACGGCUUGACCAUCACUGGCCACUCCCUCGGCGCCGGCGCGGCGGUCCUCCUCUCCAUCAUGCUUCGACCGAGAUACCCGACGUUAAAGUGUCUGGCGCUGUCGCCCCCCGGCUGCCUCAUGUCCCCAGAACUCGCCACGUCAUCGGCGUCGUUCGUGACAUCCGUGGUGCUGGGCAAGGAUAUCAUAGCCCGGGCGUCGCUUCUGUCGUUUCAGGCGCUACGAGACCAAGUGCUGAGUCUGAUUGGACGGAGCAAAGUGAACAAGACACACAUCAUGCGCCAGGCGUUAUCAUGGAGGCACCCCGACGAACUGCUCCACGCGACCGAGGACGACGCCGGCCACACUGUAUUUACGACCCAACUGCUCAACUAUAGGACCAUGCUGCAGCGGAUCCAAGCCAAGGAACCGAUCCAUGAGGUUGGUAGUCCGUCUUGAAUCCACGAAAAGCUAGCGCCGUUUGUGUGUAUUUUGAAGCCUUUCAAUAUGGAUGCAUGAUAUAUGUGUAGAUGUGGCUACCAGGACGGAUUGUGCACUUGAAACGACUGGUGAGAUCUCGCGGCCACGGCUUUUGCUUGUGUUGCCGGCCAGGUGGUGGCGUCUGCUGCACUGAACGCACGCAUUACGACUAUGUGUGGGCCCAUCAAACCGACUUUUUGCAGAUUUACGUGGCCAGAACCAUGCUCGACGACCACUUUCCAGACAAAGUGCAUGCCGUGCUGCAAGACAUGCACCAAGACUAACGGUGUAUAUGCCCAACAUAGUAUAUAAUAUAUCAUACUUCGAAUCUUGAUAACAUCGUGAUAUGUACUAUGUACAUAUGUACGAU